ACGCGCACGGGGGGGACUUAGACUAUUAACACGCGGCUCUGAGAGCGUGAUUCGGAGUUUCAGCUGUCGGUGCUGCAGUUUGCGAGAUGCCCAAGGCUAAGGGAAAGACUCGGAGGCAGAAGUUCGGUUACAAUGUCAACCGAAAGCGUCUGAACCGGAAUGCUCGUCGGAAGGCAGCGCCACGGAUUGAGUGCUCCCACAUCCGACAUGCCUGGGACCACACCAAAUCCGUGCGGCAGAACCUGGCGGAGAUGGGGUUGGCCAUGGACCCCAACAAGGCGGUUCCCCUCCGUAAGAGGAAGGUGAAGGCCAUGGAAGUGGACAUGGAGGAGAGACCCAAGGAUCUUGUACGGAAGCCAUAUGUGGUAAAUGACCUGGAGGCAGAAGCCAGCCUCCCAGAGAAGAAAGGAAAUACCUUGUCUCGGGACCUCAUCGACUAUGUUCACUACAUGGUGGAGAAUCACGGGGAGGACUACAAGGCCAUGGCCCGGGAUGAGAAGAAUUACUAUCAAGACACCCCAAAACAGAUUCGGAAUAAGAUCAAUGUCUAUAAGCGCUUUUACCCAUCGGAAUGGCAGGCCUUCAUCGACUCUUUGCAGAGUAAGAAGAUGGAGGUAGACUGAGUGGUGCAAUACCCCCAGAACUAGGUCUAUUGGACCAAAGAAACCAAACCCAGGGUGUAAAGCAAGGGAUGUAUAGUUUCAAAUGAUGCUAAGUCCUAUGGAAUCAGGUUUUAUAUGUACACUGUCACUGUCUCUUCCCCCGCCCCCCUUUUUCCUUUUAGAGAAGGAACUGUCUUUUUGUUUUAGUUUUUUGAGAGUGUAUCUUUCUAAUAGCCUUAGCUGUCCCAGAACUCUCUGUGGACCAGGUUGGCCUUGAACUCACAGAGAUCUACCUGCCUCCCAAAUGUUGGGAUUAAAGGCGUGCACCACCACCACCUGGAGGAGGAGGAACUCUUUCGAGGCCAUGGUUUAUGUUUUAUUGGGAGCUUACAGAAAGCCAGGGCCUGCUGUUCUGUGUUCAGAAGGGAUGCUCUAUUUCAGUGUGUUCUGUACAUGAUAAAGGAGUAUUUUACUUGUGUAACA